CAUAUGACCGUACUGGGUAGGACUGAUGGGGGCAGUAGUUGAACAGCAUCUGGAGGUUCACACGUAUCCCGCUUGCCUGGGUAACUGCUCCAUUUUAAUGAAACUGUAUGGGUGAUAUUUUAGUUGUUAAAAUUCCGCUUUAAACUUUAAGCAGAACGUUACGUUUUUAUUAUUUUCUAUUGUAUCUGAUUGAUUGACAGCACCUGAAUUGCAGCUUAAAGUACUUGGUACUAGUGGGAUACAUAAAGAUGUUUUAUUGCUGCAUCUAUUACCCUUGUAUCUCGCUUUUCGUCUCAGAUAGUUCGAGGAAGCAGUGUACGUGGUGGUUCUUCUGAGGUUUUUUCCCCUCACAACAGCCUUAUGAGAAUUGGUUAGGCUGAGAGCGAGUGAUCACCCAGCGAGCUUCAAGGCUGCUUGGGGUUUUGACUCGUUGUCUCCUUUGUAAUAAUGCAAUGCUUUAGCAACCUUUCCUCACCUGCUUGUUUGGCAGAGUAAUACCCGUUGUUUUAAUGGGAUUAGUGGAGAAUGAUGAAAAAUUUGCUUCUUCAAAAUAAUCGGAACCCGAGCAGGCAUCCCAUUUCGCUGCUGCACCUAUGAAAGUUGCUUCCCUUAUUUUCUUUGUUCUACCUGCCAGAAAACAUCGAUGCGGCCACCCGAGGUUCCUCCCUCGCCUGUGCUUUGCCUGCAGCGAUUGGGCAGUGGCUGUGGAGCCACUGGGUGGGGGAAGGCUGUGAUUGCCUCGUGAGGGUCGCUGAUGAGUGGCUCUUGCUCUGAUUGGUCUGUGACCAUGAGCGCUGGACCCCGGCUGCUCUCUCGCUUCAUUAACAAAGCCCAAGACUGUUCUACUGCUGCCCCCUUCCCUCCAUAGAGAAAUGGGUCACGGGAGAAGAGGAUAUAUGGUGCCUUUUGAGAACCUGGUUACAAAGUAAUGUGAUCUAGCUUGGCUAGAGAAAUGGUACAAGAUCAGAUCCUGUUGUUUUGUUUUUUUUUUAAGACAACCUGGUUAUUCCUGAGCAUGCACAAAGUUACUUACAUUCUUGAUCACAAAUGGAAUGCCUUUCCUUGGGUUGGAGGGUGUGAGGGAACACUGUGUUUGAAACUGCAGAUAACUGUUGCAGUUAAGGUAAACACUGCAGGACUAAAUUUACCUUUGGCUCAGCCUGUGCAAGGAUCCUUCAAUGGCUCCUUAUCUACCUUGCAUGCCCAUGAGCUGGCAUCCAUUGCCAUUAAGGAGUCUUUGCAGAGGGCAAAAAUCAACCCGAAAGAAGUGUCUGAGGUUAUAAUUGGACAUGUCUUGGCUGCAGGUGCUGGUCAGAAUCCUGCUCGGCAAGCCAGCGUCGGUGCAGGCAUUCCAUAUGAGGUACCGGCUUGGAGCUGCCAAAUGAUAUGUGGUUCAGGCCUGAAAGCAGUGUGUCUAGGGGCUCAGUCCAUCCUGACGGGUGAUUCCAGUAUUGUGGUGGCCGGAGGCAUGGAAAGCAUGAGCAAGGCGCCACACAUCAUUCAUAUGCGCAGUGGUGUGAAGAUGGGGGAAGCCUCUUUGCAGGAUACGCUUAUCUUGGAUGGGUUGACGGAUGCCUUUUACCAUUACCACAUGGGUAUAACUGCUGAAAAUGUGGCCAAGCAAUGGCAGGUUAGCAGAGAGGAGCAAGACCAAGUGGCUGUGAAGUCACAGAACAAGGCUGAGCAUGCCCAGAAGGCUGGCUAUUUUGAUAAAGAGAUUGUACCUGUCCAUGUGCCAUCCCGGAAAGGUCCUGUGGAAGUUAAAUCUGAUGAGCAUCCACGGCAUGGCAGCAACCUAGAAACGAUGGCCAAGCUAAAGCCUUACUUUGUAACGGAUGGGACAGGAACAGUGACCGUAGCAAAUGCCUCAGGUAUAAACGAUGGUGCUGCAGCUGUUGUUCUCAUGAGGAAAGCCGAAGCUGUUCAACGAGGCCUUACUCCUUUGGCUCGGAUUGUAUCUUGGGCUCAAGCCGGUGUAGAUCCUUCUGUAAUGGGAAUAGCACCUGUGCCAGCAAUAAGGAAAGCUAUUCAAAGAGCAGAUUGGACGACAGAUCAAGUGGACUUGUAUGAAAUUAAUGAAGCUUAUGCUUCUGUAGGUGCUGCAAUAAUAAAAGAGCUUAAAUUGAACCCAGAAAAGGUUAACAUUGAAGGUGGGGCUGUUGCCCUUGGUCAUCCUCUUGGAGCAUCUGGUUGUCGAAUCCUUGUUACUUUGCUUUAUGCACUAGAACGAACAGGUGGAAAACGGGGGGUUGCUGCUUUGUGUGUAGGAGGAGGACUGGGCAUAGCAAUGUGUGUCGAAAGAUAAAAUGUUUCUGUACUAUUCUCUCAUGACUUAUCUUUAUUAAUAAAGUCGGUUUGUGAAUUUUAA